UCAAACCCUUGGAGCUGCCCACCGCCAUGACGCCGCUGCCGCCGCCUCUGUCACGUGGAGCGACGAGAAAAGCGAAGAAGAAACAAAUCCAACACCAACACGCAGAGCUGGAGCGCUUGGAUUCUCUGCCAUGGAACCCCUCCUCUUCUGUUCCUCUCCCCAAUGACAAUGAUGAUGAUGAUGAUGUCAAUGGCCUCGAAGGAGGUUUUCUUAUGCUUGAGGAGAUUGAUGAGGCUGAUUAUGGUUUAGACAUUCCUGCAUUAGAAGUAGAAACCAGUUCUAGGAACAAAAAGUGUAAGCCAACUAAAAGGUCCAAGAAGCGAAAGCAUGACCAGGUUGACGCCUUGGGGGUUCAGGAUGAGAAAGACAUGACCAAGAAGCUGGAGGAACCUGAUGGUAAUGGCGGCAGUGAAGACAAUGAUGGAGAUGCGGGUUCGAAGAAGAAAAUGAACAAGAAGAAGAAGAAGAAGGGGACAGCCAAGGACACCCAGAAAAUUGAGGAAUCCACUGCUGAUGGAAAGGAUGAAGUAGAGGAGCAAGUUGAUGAGUAUGAAUACCAUGCAUGGAAUGAGUUGAGACUUCAUCCCCUGAUUAUGAGAUCGAUAUAUAGGCUUGGCUUCAAAGAACCAACAGCCAUCCAGAAAGCCUGCAUUCCUGCUGCUGCUCAUCAAGGGAAGGAUGUUGUUGGUGCUGCGGAAACAGGAUCUGGGAAAACGUUAGCUUUUGGUCUGCCAAUUUUGCAACGCCUGUUGGAUGAAAGAGAAAAGGCUGUGAAAGUGUUUGAAGAAAAAGGAGAGGAAGCAGAAAAAGUCACUGCAAAAGGCUUUUUACGGGCCCUUGUUAUUACUCCUACAAGAGAGCUCUCACUUCAGGUCUCUGAUCAUCUUAAGGCAGUCGCCAAGGAUACUGAUAUUAGAGUGGUGGCAAUAGUUGGAGGUAUGUCAACGGACAAGCAGGAGAGACUUCUUAGAUCAAGACCUGAGAUUGUUGUUGGAACUCCAGGGAGAUUAUGGGAACUUAUGUCUGGAGGAGAAAAGCAUCUAGUUGAGUUGCACUCGUUGUCUUUCUUUGUGCUGGAUGAGGCUGAUCGAAUGAUAGAAAGUGGCCAUUUCCAUGAAUUGCAGUCGAUUAUCGACAUGCUUCCUUUAAAGAAUAGUUCUUCUGUACAUUCCGGAAACACACAAGAUUCUGUUACCAUGCCCAACAUCCAGAGGAAGAAGAGACAGACAUUUGUUUUAUCUGCAACAAUAGCACUAUCUGCUGAUUUCCGGAAAAAGCUGAAGCGUAGUUCUCUAAAACCAAAGCAAUCAACGUCUGAUGGGGUGAAUUCUAUAGAAGCUCUCUCUGAGAGAGCAGGGAUGAGAGACAAUGUAGCCAUCAUUGAUCUGACAAAUACAUCCAUUUUGGCAAAUAAGCUCGAAGAGUCAUUUAUUGAAUGCAGGGAAGAAGACAAAGACGCCUAUUUGUAUUAUAUAUUAAGUGUUCAUGGGCAAGGUCGCACAAUCAUAUUCUGUACAUCCAUUGCAGCUUUACGGCAUAUAACAUCGCUCUUGCGAAUCCUUGGCACAGAUGUUUUGACACUUCACGCUCAGAUGCAUCAGCGAGCUCGUUUGAAGGCAAUUGACCGAUUUCGGGGGAGUGAACACGGUAAACUUGUGGCUACUGAUGUUGCAGCCAGAGGCCUGGAUAUUCCUGGUGUUCGAACUGUUAUUCACUACCAGCUUCCCCAUUCAGCAGAAGUUUAUGUUCAUAGAAGUGGUAGAACUGCUAGAGCCACUGCCGAUGGGUGUAGCAUUGCACUAAUCGCACCAAAUGAGACAUCCAAAUUUGCUUCUCUGUGCAAAUCAUUUUCUAAGCUAAGUUUUCAACGAUUUCCUUUGGAGAACUCAUACUUCCCAGAGGUUAUGAGACGAUUAUCUCUUGCACGCCAAAUUGACAAGAUUCUGCGGAAGGAUUCCCAGGACAGAGCAAAGAAAAGCUGGUAUGAAAGAAAUGCAGAAUUAGUUGAGUUGGUUGUCGACAGUGAUGAGGAUGAAGAGGAUAGAGUUAAGAAUUAUAAGCAAAAGAAAGCCAGCUCUAUGAAUUUAAAAAACUUACAGCAGGAAUUGAAAAUGUUGCUUUCACGUCCAUUACAACCGAAGUCAUUUUCACAUCGGUAUUUGACUGGGUCUGGUAUUACACCUCUGAUGCAAGAUCAAUUUGAAGAAUUGGCUAAGCAAAAACUAGGCGAUAGCAGCAACUCAGGAAAACGAAGUAAAAUGGUAGUUAUUGGGCAGAAUUGUGUGGAACCACUCCAAGCACUUCGGAGUUCUGGGCAUGAGGUGCACAUAGAUGUGAAAGAGGCGGCACAAAAACGGAGGAAUAUGGAGAACCUAAGGAGGAAAAGAAAAGACGAGAAAAAGCGGUUGAGAGAUGACCGCAGAAAGAGGAAGAAGCAGCUAAAAGGGGGAGAAUGAGUGCUGUUUAAGGAUUGUACUAGGACUAACAAUUUUUUUGUCAGUAAUGUUAAAACUCACUUAUAUACAACAAUCAAGUGCUGUAUUAUUUUCUGAAAUUUUUUAUUUUUGCUGCUUAGAGAAAGUGAGAAACUUUGUACCUAGAAAUUCGAAGUUGUCGCGAAGGAGAUGCAGUUUGAAAGGAGACGAUGAACCUA